AUGGUUAACAUCGCCUCCAUUCUCGCCGGUGCUGCUGCAGCCACAUCCUUUAUCAGCACUGUAGCUGCUCAUCCUGGCGAGAAGCAUGAUCACAUCAAGAUCAAGCGUGAGGUUGACGCUCGUGGUCUGCGUGCAGCAGCAGCAAAACGCUCCUUAGCCGAAUGUCAAGACACUCUCAAGCACCGCAGCUUGAUGCGUCGUGCGGAGGCACGUCGUGCAAACACCUUGGAUGCUCUUCGCGAAAAGCGUGGUAUUACUGCGAAGUCCAAAAAGUACCGUCGCGACCUGGCCCUCCUCCAGGAGUUCGAGAACGUCAAUCACAAUAUGACAGGUGUGAUGAGUUACACACCCAACACUCUCGCCAGUGACAUCUUCGCUGCAAACACCUCCUGCAUUCUCUCUCCUGAAGUCACCGACGGCCCCUAUUAUGUCACUGGCGAGAUGAUCCGCAAGAACGUUGUCGAGAACCAAAAGGGUAUCGAUCUCUAUCUUGAAGUUCAAUACGUCGACGUAAGCACCUGUGAGCCUGUACCACAGCUUUACGUCGACGUAUGGAACUGCAACUCUACCGGCUACUACAGCGGUGUCGAGUCCGGCCAAGGCGGUCUUAACACUACUUUCCUGCGCGGAGUCCAAGAGACUGAUGCGGAUGGUGUUGUAGCCUUUGAGACUCUGUUUCCAGGUCACUACGAGGGCCGUGCAACACACACGCACCUCCUCGUCAAGACCAAUGUGACCGUUCGUUCCAAUGGUACCACCGGCUCCGAUGGUGCCGUAACUCACAUUGGUCAGCUCUUCUGGCCUGAAGACCUCAAAUCCGCUGUCGAAGCUACCGAGCCUUAUGCUUCCAACACCCAGGCAUAUACUACCAACGAUGAGGACAUGUGGUCUAUCGUCCAGACCGAUAAUGACUUCGACCCAUUCCCGGAGUACGUGUAUCUUGGGGAUGAUGUGGAAGAUGGCUUGAUGGCAUGGAUCCAGAUCGGCAUAAACUCUACAGCCGAUUAUACUGACGAUGAGUACUAUGCUGUUGCUGCGGACUAUCAAGCAGGUGGAGGAGUUGCGAAUGAGAAUGCCAUGGAUAUGGGUGGUGAAGGCGGUGCGGGGGGGAACGGAACUAUGCCGAGCGGAGCUAUGCCUUCUGGCGCUAUUCCCUCGGGUACAGCUCCAACAAGCUUGUAG